AUGGCACUGAAGUUUGACAAAUUAGAUUUUGCUGUCAUAUGUGCGUUAGCGCUAGCAGUAGUCGCUUAUCUGAAGCUGGAUGUGCUCAAAGAGCUAUUUGCAGCGGAUGAUUCGGCGUUAGCCGUGCAGUCCAGCUCGCGGGACAUCGUUGAGGUUCUGAGGGAGAAUAAAAAGGAUUACCUGGUUGUCUAUGCGUCCCAGACUGGUACUGGAGAGGAUUACGCCAAGAAAUUUGCAAAAGAGUUGGCAGCCAAAUACUCUCUAAACGUUAUGUGUGUCGACGUUGAGAACUACGACUUCGAUAACUUGAACUCAUUGCCCAAGGAUGUGAUUGUGUCGUUCUUCGUGUCUACUUACGGCGAGGGCGACCUGCCAGAUGGCGGGCUAGAAUUCGAGGAAUGGCUGCAGGUUUUGGAAGAGGGAGAUCUCGGCAAUGUCCGUUAUACGAUGUUCGGUCUUGGCAACUCCACCUACGAAUUCUACAACGGCGCUGCCGAAAAGACUCAGAAGCUAUUGAAGCAGGCGGGAGCACGUAUGCUGGGUACUUUUGGGAAGGCUGACGACGGCGCUGGAACGACUGACGAGGAUUACAUGGCCUGGAAGGACGAUAUCUUGGAGGAGCUGAAAGACGCAUUGGCGCUACAUGAGAAAGAGGUCUCAUUUAUAUCCAGUUAUGAGUACAAGGUACUACCCCAGGAUUUGAUGGGUUCUAUUUCCCUGGGUGAACCUAACAGCCAAUAUCUUCCAGGCAAAACGCUUGCGAAGAAAGAAAACAUGCAGUUGGGACCUUUUGAUGCAACGCACCCUUAUGUAGCUCCCAUUACCAGCACAAAGGAGUUAUUCAAAAAGAAGGACCGCAACUGUAUUCAUGUGGAGUUUGAUCUUUCAGGCUCCAACCUCAAGUACUCUACAGGUGAUCAUCUUGGUGUGUGGCCAUCCAAUCCGGAUGAAAAAGUAGAGAAGUUCCUAACGACGUUUGGUCUUGAUCCGACGACCAUUUUUGACUUGAAGCCCAAGGAUAUUACCAUCAAACCGCCAUUCCCUGUUCCAACAACAAUUGGUGCGGCAGUCAGAUACUACUUGGAGAUAUCUGGCCCAGUAUCCAGACAGGUCAUUGGCUCUUUACUCCAAUAUGUUACAGAGGAGCAAUUAAAGGAGAGAUUACAAGCGCUAUCUAAAAACAAGGAAAAGUAUGCUAAAGAGAUCACAUCCAAGUGUAUGGAUUUGGCAGAUGCUUUGCUAUACCUCUCCAGCGGCAAAAAGUGGACCCAGGUCCCAUGGGAGUUUUUAAUCGAAACCGUGCCGCACAUGCAGCCCCGUUACUAUUCGAUUUCUUCGUCAUCAUCCUCCGACAAGCAGACUGUGCACAUCACUGCCGUAGUUGAAAACUAUCCAAACCCUGAGGUAUCAUCAUUAGGUCCUGUAACCGGUGUUACCACCAAUCUGCUCAGACACAUCCACUUGACCCGUACCAAGGAGGACAUCGCCGCCUCGUCUUUGCCGGUGCAUUACAAUCUAGCUGGCCCCCGUGACUUAUACCAGAAUUAUAAACUCCCUGUACAUGUACGCCGGUCGACUUUCCGGUUGCCAUCAAACCCAAGUACUCCAGUUAUUAUGGUCGGUCCAGGUACUGGUGUAGCCCCAUUCCGCGGCUUUAUUCGCGAGCGUAUCAGCUUCCUGAAAAACCAGGAAAACGUUAAGCUGGGAAAGCAUCUCCUUUUCUAUGGAUGCCGGGAUGACGCCGAUUUUCUAUACCAUGAUGAAUGGCCCGUCUAUGCCAAAGAACUUGGCAGUUCUUUUGAGUUAAUGGUCGCUUAUUCUAGAAUUCCGAAUAAGAAGAAGGUAUACGUUCAGGAUCAUCUCUUGGAGCGCGAAAAUGAAGUACUAGAACUAAUUAACAAGGGCGCAUUCAUAUAUGUCUGUGGUGAUGCUAAGGGCAUGUCACAGGAUGUUCACCGGACACUAAUCGAUAUAUUGAGAAGAGGGAAAAAUAUCUCUGAGGAAGAGUCCUCUGAGAUUCUCAAGCAAUUCAAGACUACCGGUAAGUACCAGGAAGAUGUGUGGUAA